AUGACAACUGUUGUUGUUUUGGUGAUGGUCUUGGCUGUGGCGUUUGCUUAUAGCAGUCAACGAGAUUACAGGUAUGAUGUUCUUCAAGCUGAAGUCUCACACCUGAAGGAAGUGGUAUCCAACAUCCACGCUGAACUGGAUAAAUUUCGCAAACAGCAGGAUGAGAUGUGUCAGGAUGUAUGUGAAUCUAGAAACAGACGACAGCCAACGGACAGAAAAAAUCCUAUUAAAAUUGAUGGAACUCAUAGUUUGGGCAAAAAGAACGAGGAUAUCGGUUUAUUACCAAGAAGAAAAAGAGCAUUUGCAUCAAAGUAUGAAAAGGGGGACUCAGGCUUACGAGGACCGAAAGGAGACAACGGAGCAACUGGCAUUGUAGGACCUAAAGGCGACAGUGGAAAGCCAGGUACCAAAGGACAAAAGGGGCAGCCUGGGGUUUCUGGGAAUACUGGACCUACAGGUCAGAAAGGGGACAGAGGAGCAUCAGAAAAAGUAAAUGAAUCUGAUGACAGUGAAAGCAGUGAAAGUAAAAGUGAACUAGAAUGGAAAGAUGACAACACAACUGAUGACCCAGAUUUUAAUCCUGAAGAUUAUGAUAAGAUGGUUUGUGAUGAAAGUGAUUUAGAUUAA